GUUGUCUGCUUUUCUUGCCCUUCGCAUCCGACGUGGAAUCAAAACGGGACGCACGGCGAGAGAGAAAAAAAAGAACACAAACCACAGCCAAGAUUGUUGAAACGCGUACAUACGCCUCUCAUUGCGUCUUUGAAUUCUGCUUGCGCUACACCACCACGUUACUGAAAACAUCUCAAACCCCGUAAAAGAGUCAACAAAAAAAUGGAUCAACUGACGAAAUUCUACGAACCCGGCCGCUCGUUCGCCAAGGACUCGAUCCGACUGAUCAAGCGCUGCACCAAGCCGGACCGCCGGGAGUUCCAGAAGAUUGCCAUCGCCACCGCUAUCGGAUUCUGCAUCAUGGGAUUCAUCGGUUUCUUCGUGAAACUGAUACACAUCCCGAUCAAUAACAUCAUCGUCGGAUCAUAAGCAGUGCGUGCGUGUCCGUGUGUGUGUGUGUGUGCCUGUGGCCGUUUCCUUUUUUCCCCUGUCUACGCAUCAUUUCUUCUGUCCAGGCGAGCAAAUCGGAGGCAUCGGUCCCC